AUGCUGCGAAAGGUGGCCACUCAUCCGUACAAGACGAUGGUGCGCCGCAUGGCCGCCACGGACGCGGCUGCGAAGUCGCAUGCGAAUAAGGCUGUCCUUCAGCUUGUUCGCUUUGACCCCGAGACGAACUCGUCGCGUGUGGAGAGCUAUGAGUACGACAAGCACCACGAGUAUAUGGUGCUGGACCUGCUGAUCGCUGUCAAGGCUCACCAGGACCCUACCCUAGCUUUCCGUAGCUCGUGCUGCGAGGGUGUGUGCGGUAGCUGCGCUAUGAACAUCAACGGUAUCAACUCGCUGGCCUGCAUUACCUUUGCCCAGCACGUCACGACGGUGGGGCCUCUGCCGAACUUCCCGGUGAUUAAGGACUUCGUCGUGGAUCUGCGCCACUUCUUUCAACAGUACGCGUACAUUCGCCCGUUCGUGCGCAAUGCGAACCUCCACAGAAGUCAGGUGGACAGUAUUGUGGAGCGCUACAACACCAUCUCUCGUGUCCUGAACGGCGUCAGCCCGUCUGAAGGGCAGGCAAUGGAGAAAGUGCAAGAGGAGCUCGCAUCUGUGCAGAGGAGGGAGACGACGGUGGCGGCGCUGCUGCGCAUUGCGGACGCCGCCGUGGAUGCCGGCAACGUGACGCAGGCGCUCUCCGUGCUGGAGAAGGUGGAGCAGCAUGGCGUCGCGCUCGAUGCGGCGAAGGUGACAGAGAUGAUCGAGCGCGCCCUUAAGAACUUUGCGGCCAAGUCCAAGUGA